CAAAGCUUUUAAAAAUAUAAAUAUGGACGAUGAAAACUUUGACGAUGAAGAAGACGAAUGGAUUAGUCGUGGUCCGUCUAUGUACAGAAGGACUUCAGCACCGACAGCUCAUUCAUUAUAUAUUCUACCUUUUGGUUUUGACGUAAAAACUUCAUUCGCAGCUACUGAAAGUCUUUUAAAUGUAAGGAGCGCAAAUUUUAGCAUUCGUCAAAAGGAAGAGGAUAACGACAUAUGGAAGAGGCCGCCGCCCGAUUUCAGACCGCAAGUCUAUGCUCCCAAACCGCCUAAAAGAAAUUCUAGAGAUGCUGUGAAACCUUGGAAGUAUCAUGCGAGAUUUGAUGACGAACCUCCGCGUUCUAAAAAUAUUCCUCCUAAACUACCAGAAAUUUUUGCUCCUGUAAAACCAGGUGAAAAUUUAACGAAAGAGAAACCAAGAUUUAUACGGACGUUUCGUAUCAAUGAUUCGUACGAUGCCAAGUUGGACUUGGUUAAAAAAUUUAGGGAAGUUAAAGGUUCUGUUGAACCAUAUCAGCAACCAGAACCCCAUGACUUUAGGAAUUAUCCUUCGUUAAAAAAAUUAGGCUUAGACGAAUUUACCACAUCCUAUGAACGCGAUCCCUUCAAUAUCAACUUUCAAAGUGAACGCCUGAAUACAAUUCAUGGUUUGGUAUCAGCGCCCCCUAUGGGUUCCAGAAACGUGGGUAUACAGAUGGCUCCACCAAUGUCUCCUCAAGAGAAAUGGGAAGCCAGGUUGAUUCUUGAUAAAGAUCCUUGGCCCGAAAAAUCAGCUGAAUAUACGAGAUAUCGUAGACGACGGACCGCUCAUUCGGCACUAAUGGAUCGUAUUGAAGAUACACUAAGUAAGAAAUGGUACCGAGAAAAGAUGAAAGUGAAUAACAGCUUUAAUUGAAAAUUAACAAUUUAGCAUAAUACUUAAAUGAUUAGCAGGGGCACGUUUUCUUUAAGAUAAAUUAAUUGAAAAACACCCCCAUAUAUGUACAAUUCCAAUAAUAAUAGGUAAUAAAGAAAUCUAAAAAUUCUAA